AUGAGUCAAGUCAUUGUUAUGAACACCAACAUGGAGCGCGAGACUGGUCGCAAGGCUCAAGUCUCCAACAUCACCGCCGCCAAGACCGUUGCUGACAUUAUCAGGACGUGUCUCGGACCCCGUUCGAUGUUGAAGAUGUUGCUGGAUCCUAUGGGAGGAGUCGUCUUGACCAACGACGGAAACGCUAUCCUCAGAGAGGUUGAGGUUGCUCACCCUGCCGCCAAGUCUAUGAUCGAGCUUGCCAGGACACAGGACGAGGAGGUCGGAGACGGAACCACCUCCGUCAUCAUUCUCGCCGGUGAGGUGCUUGCUCAGGCUCUGCCUUACCUCGAGCGCAACAUCCACCCCAUUGUCAUCAUUGCUGCCUUCAAGCUGGCUUUGGAGGAUGCUAUCGAGAUUGUUGACAAGAUCUCGAUCCCCGUCAAUGUGAAUGACCCCAAGGAGAUGUUGGAUCUUGUCAAGACUUCUAUCGGCACCAAGUUUGUCAGCCGCUGGAGCGAUAUGAUGUGCAAAUUGGCCCUGGAUGCCGUCCGUUGCGUCGCUGUUGAGGUCGAUGGUCGUCGGGAGGUCGAUAUCAAGCGUUACGCUCGUGUCGAGAAGAUCCCUGGUGGCGAGAUUGAAGACUCGAGAGUGUUGGAUGGUGUCAUGGUCAACAAGGAUGUCACUCACCCCAAGAUGCGUCGUCGCAUUGAGAACCCCCGUGUUAUCUUGCUGGAUUGCCCCCUGGAGUACAAGAAGGGAGAGUCGCAGACCAACAUUGAGGUCACUAAGGAGUCUGACUGGAGCCGUAUUUUGCAGAUCGAGGAGGAGCAGAUCAAGGGCAUGUGCGACAAGAUUAUUGAGCUCAAGCCUGACCUUGUCUUUACGGAGAAGGGCGUCUCAGACUUGGCACAGCACUACUUUGUCAAGGCCGGUAUCACUGCCAUCCGUCGUGUCCGCAAGACUGACAACAACCGUAUCGCUCGUGCUGUCGGCGCCACCAUUGUCAACCGUGUCGAUGAUCUCAAGGAGUCUGACGUCGGAACUGACUGCGGUCUCUUUUCCGUCGAGAAGAUUGGUGACGAGUACUUCACAUUCUUGACUGGAUGCAAGAACCCCAAGGCUUGCACGAUUGUCUUGCGUGGACCUUCCAAGGAUAUCUUGAACGAGAUUGAGCGCAACUUGAUGGACGCCAUGUCGGUUGCUCGCAACGUGUACUUCAACCCCAGGUUGUCGCCCGGAGGAGGCGCCACCGAGAUGGCAAUUUCGGUCGGUUUGAUGGAGAAGAGCAAGACCCUGGAGGGCUCUAUCCAGUGGCCCUACAAGGCCGCCGCUGAGGCCAUGGAGGUGAUUCCCCGCACAUUGAUCCAGAACUGUGGAGGCAACGCUAUCAAGAUCUUGACAUCUCUCCGCGCCAAGCACGCUACGGGCCAUCACUCGUGGGGUGUUGACGGCCAUGCGGGUAAGAUUGUGGACAUGCACGAGUACGGUAUCUGGGAGCCCAAUGCGGUCAAGGUGCAGACCAUCAAGACUGCGAUCGAGUCGUCGUGCAUGUUGUUGCGUGUCGAUGAUAUCGUCUCGGGUCUCUCGGGUGGUCGUCCUCAGCAGGGCGGCCCUUCGCCUGAGCAGCAGGAGAUGGGUGAGGGUGAUAUGCAGCCCGAGCAAUAG